GUCGCUGGCUGUUUGGAACUCAACCAAAGCCCUGAUGGCGUUGGGGGAGCAGAAUUUGGAUGGCUGCGAGUCCAACAUGACUGUGUACCACGAGAUGCAGUCAGUAUGGCCCUUUUGGCAGAUCCUUGGUCGACUGGAAAAGCGGCACCUCUACGACCAGGUGCCAGACUUUGUCCCGGCGCUGCCAUCGCCCCCAGCCCUCCCAGCAGCAGUUCGCUUGAAGUGGCAACACCUUCUGCACGCGCGGCAGCUCAAGGUGGAAGCCACCUUUCAACCAGCAGCACCAUGGAUGAUGCAGGAUGGGGCUGGCCGCGAAUGUUUGGAGGAGACGAAGGGCGUGGCCCACAUCGCGCUGUCUGCAGACUUGGCCCAAAUCGAUGGUCUCAUUGUGACGCUCUCAAGCUCGAUCUCCGCGACGGCGGACGCGCGGCGCCUCUGUUUCCACACUUUCGUGCUGGAACAGCAGCAGAGCUUCAUGCUUGAGGCACUUCAGUGCGCUUUCGGAGAUGCAUUGAAGAUCCAAAGCACAGGAUUGUCGGGUCAAAUCUUUGGUGCCUUCACUCUUGGGGAAGCUCGACUGUUGAUCCACAGUUUGGAUCCUGAAACCAUUUGGAGGGAGGUGGGCUUGAACUCCAGCAGGCCAGGUGCAGUGAUGCUGGGAGAGACCGAUUUGAGCAACUCCUUACGCUCUGACACAGGCAAUUUGGGUGCCGUGCACAACUUCGCACGUUUUUCGCUACAUCAACUUCUUCCACAUCUUUCAAGGGUCGUUUACCUGGACGAGGAUGUGGUGGUCAAGGGAGAUCUCCUGGAGCUUUUCCACGUCUCAAUGAGCACUGACAACGGGGCGCCCGGGACGGUGGCCGCGGUGCAGCGGAAGAACCAGCCGCUGCGGACCUAUGUGGAUGUGCUGCAACCGGCGGUGCCGCAUUGGUUACCCAGUGAAGCUCCGUCCUUCAACGUGCCAGACUUUGUCCCGGCGCUGCCAUCGCCCCCAGCCCUCCCAGCAGCAGUUCGCUUGAAGUGGCAACACCUUCUGCACGCGCGGCAGCUCAAGGUGGAAGCCACCUUUCAACCAGCAGCACCAUGGAUGAUGCAGGAUGGGGCUGGCCGCGAAUGUUUGGAGGAGACGAAGGGCGUGGCCCACAUCGCGCUGUCUGCAGACUUGGCCCAAAUCGAUGGUCUCAUUGUGACGCUCUCAAGCUCGAUCUCCGCGACGGCGGACGCGCGGCGCCUCUGUUUCCACACUUUCGUGCUGGAACAGCAGCAGAGCUUCAUGCUUGAGGCACUUCAGUGCGCUUUCGGAGAUGCAUUGAAGAUCCAAAGCACAGGAUUGUCGGGUCAAAUCUUUGGUGCCUUCACUCUUGGGGAAGCUCGACUGUUGAUCCACAGUUUGGAUCCUGAAACCAUUUGGAGGGAGGUGGGCUUGAACUCCAGCAGGCCAGGUGCAGUGAUGCUGGGAGAGACCGAUUUGAGCAACUCCUUACGCUCUGACACAGGCAAUUUGGGUGCCGUGCACAACUUCGCACGUUUUUCGCUACAUCAACUUCUUCCACAUCUUUCAAGGGUCGUUUACCUGGACGAGGAUGUGGUGGUCAAGGGAGAUCUCCUGGAGCUUUUCCACGUCUCAAUGAGCACUGACAACGGGGCGCCCGGGACGGUGGCCGCGGUGCAGCGGAAGAACCAGCCGCUGCGGACCUAUGUGGAUGUGCUGCAACCGGCGGUGCCGCAUUGGUUACCCAGUGAAGCUCCGUCCUUCAACGCUGGGGUCAUGGUCAUCGAUCUCAACCGCUGGAGGCAACGUCACGCUUCCCAAUUGGUAGCUGAAUGGAUUGCCAUGAAUGCGCGAAGGCGUUUGUGGCUGCACGGUUCGCAGCCGCCAUUGCUGCUGCUCUUUCAUGACGAGGUGGUCUCCCUUCACUGGUCCUGGAACGUGGAUGGCCUGGGGCAUCGCCUAAACUACCCCAAGAACGUGUCGAUGCCUCAGAUCUACAACUUCUACACCUUUGGGCGCGGGCGAAAGCUGCUCUGCCGAGAGGAGUGGAACCGGACAAGACCUUGCCGAGACGUGGCCGAGGAGUCCAAGUAUGUUAGCGGUUUGCUCAUCACCUUAAAAUCCUUUGCGCAGCAGCUGGGUCCGCCAAAGACUCAGGCAUUCCUCGCCUACUCCACGCCCCAGUACAAACUCCAUUCCUUCGAGACCAUCUCGGGGCGCCUCGGUGGGGUGGCCUUCGGAAGCUUCGGUGGGGUGGGUUGUGCUGCGGCUUUCGAGGUACCGCUUCGUGAUCACUACGGACCCCUCGGUGUUUCGGUCCAAGUUACACAGCUUCCUGAUGACACAGCCCUUCUUUGCCAGCAGCAUCCCGGGCAUCCCUUCAUGACGCGAGAAAAAUGUCACCAGGCCUUCUUGUGCUUCUUCUCCAUCACCUCCGUACAGCCCACCGAAGUGGCUCUGUCGUACAACUGGCUCUUGAGCCACGUCAGUAACGAGGUCAUCGCAACACCAGGCCUGAAGUUCAUUGGCCCCUUCAACACGCUCAUCAGGUAUCCAAAGACGAUCCAAACCUUAGAGUACGAUGAAGCCGCGCGUGAUUUGCUCGAUGGCAGAACUGCGGACGGCUUGCCGUUGAUUCUGGGUCUCUCCUUCCAAUAUCGGCUGAUCACAGACCGUCUGCCGGACUUGUAUUUCACCUACGAGAACAACUACGGAGACUACGAGCGCAUCUACAAGCUCACAGGCAUGCACAUGAUCACAGAGCUUGCGACCAAGUUCACUGCAUAUCAGUUCUUCAACGAGAAGCAAAAGAUCGCGGAGGUGAUGAGAGAUAGCCUCAAUCAGUACUUUUCGAAGCACCUCUUUGCCACGGUGGAGUCCUUGCAAAUCACAGAGGAUGACCUGCCAGAUGCCUUCACACGCACAAUCCUGACGGCAGCGACCAGCAAGCAGAAUAUCACCCGCAUGUCGAAGACGCUGGAAGCGAAGAAAGUGGAGUUCCAGACUGCCCGACAGAUUGCGGAGGCACAAGCCAAUGUCACCAUACAGAAGGCCAUUGGGGAGCAACAUCGCAUCAUGCAGAACGGCAAGGCGGAUGCCGCCAUCAUCGAGGCCUACGUGGAGGCCGAGCUCACUGCCUAUGGUAAGAUCCACAAAGACCUGGGCUUGUCUGGAGAAGAACUCGUCAACUACAUUUGGUACGACACCCUGGGUGGCGGGAGCGUCUCGGCCGAUGCCUCCAGCGACAAGGAUUUUGAGAUGCUGGUGGGAGUCAACCCAAGCGCCUACAUCUCACAAAACUGA